CUUCUUAUUCUCUGACGUCGUUGUGAGUUCCCCAUCUUCCCACGCCACUUCAUAACCCUCUUCUAUCCCAAACAGAACACUUCAGUUGCCCUUCUACCCCAAAUCUUCUAGGGUUCACAACAUACACCGAGAACCGGAAAAUGGCGUCGAACGCAGCAGCACCUUUUUGGAGAUCAGCGGGAAUGACGUACAUAACUUACUCCAACAUAUGCGCGAAUCUGGUGAGGAACUGCCUCAAGGAGCCAUACAAGACGGAAGCACUCACUCGCGAGAAGGUCCAUUUCUCCGUUUCCAAAUGGACCGAGGGAAAGCCCGAGAAGCCAACUAUCCGUUCAGACACCCCAGAAGAUUGAGUUCCGGAGGCUGCAGGUGUCAUCACGUGUCUUAAAUUUAAAAGGUUUUAUGCAGAAGUUUUCUUCUGUUUUGUAGUUCAUAGAUUAUGAUUGUUUUGGUUCUGUUAUGCUCAAACAUUCCGAGGAUGGAUUGGAUUUUGGGUUUUGCAUGUAUUGCACCUGUAAUAAUGUUAUCAUACCUGGAAAUCUAACAGGACUUUCCAUUAAUAGUUAUCCUCUGCUUUUUUAUGAUCUAA